ACAGGAUAAUACAACCACGCUACCUCUCACUCUCUCCCACUUGCUCACUCACUCAGUUUGCUCCAUCUCCCCCUCCCUUUUUCCUGCAAGUGCUGGAAUACCUCGCAGAAGGCUCAAGCGUGUUCUCCCCUAUCUUUCCACCAUUCUUCUCCACUUUACCGUUCUACUUCUUCUCUAGCUGUCUGGGAGCACAGCCUAAAGGACAUCGUCGGUAUGCUGUGACAGGACAACAGUUAAUAGACUGCUGCAACAAGGUGUUGACUGAUAACCAGUGAAAAGGAAAGAUAGAAGAAAUAGAAGCCUGGAACCUUUUUGGUCUCCAUUGUACAGAGCCGUCACCUGUGACACCCUGCAGCCAUGACGAGAGAAGGCAGAAGAUGGGGCACAUAGCCUGAGACAAAUUAAACCCUUUUCACCAGCCGUGGGCAGAGACCUAACCUCCUUUCCCAGCUUCACUCAGCUCCCCUAAACCCAGCUUUACCCCGAAGCUGCCCCUCCUGCCCCCCCACCCACUGCCCAUCCAUGUGGAUCCAGAGACGACCAUGUACCACCGCUGGUCCUUCAAUGUCCUGCUGGUAACCUUCCUCCUGCUCUCUACUGCAGCUCUCUCAGCACACUUCCGGGUGUGCGAGCCAUACUCCGAUCAUAAGGGGCGCUACCACUUCGGAUUCCACUGCCCGCGCCUCUCGGACAACAAGACCUACAUGUUCUGCUGUCACCAUAACAACACGCCGUUCAAGUACUGCUGCAACGAGACAGAGUUCCAGAACGUCAUGCAGCUCAAUCUCACUACCAGCACAGACGGCUUCGCACACAAUAACUACGCAGCUCUGAUCGGCGUAUGGAUCUAUGGGUUCUUCGUCAUGGUCCUACUCGCCUUAGAUUUCCUCUACUACUCGGCUAUGAACUAUGAACUCUGCCGGGUCUACCUGGAGAAAUGGGGUCUGGGUGGGCAGUGGCUGAAGCAGGCCAGGAGCCAGUGGCACGCCCGGACCCAAGCCCAGGACAGACAUCAACCACAGGGGCAGAGGAGAGCGGAGUCCCUUGGCCCACACCACCAUCAUCGCCACUCCAGACACAGCCUCAGAGGGGAAAGAGGGGAGGCACAGAGUCCCAUGCUACACAGCUUUCAAAUUUCUACAGCUUGAUGCCGGGUUUGGAUUCACUGAGGAGAAAGGAAGAGGAGACAGGGAAAGGAGCAAAGGAGGCGAGCACAGGACGCUACCUUCCGUCCCUCAUCUUAGGGACGAACUCUGGUAUUCUCCAUCUAGACCCUGGAGGGUUGGCUGGGUACUGUAUUCAGAUGGAUACGAUUAUACUACGUCAGACUUGGUCCAAGCCCAUUACCUGCCUUGGAUUCUACACACACCUCAGUACCCUAUUCCAGCACUUUUCUGGUCGUUCCUCCCACUGCUGACCUCUGGAGCUGAACUGAAGUAGGCCAGAACAGACUAAACCAAACAUAAGGAGAGUGAGAGACUCCAAAGCAGCUUAGAAAUGUUCUUGGUCCAUUUGUCUAGUUUGCACUGCUAUUGAGCUGAUGUUUAGCUCUCACAGAGUUGUGGUAGAGUUAUUUAUUGUUCUAAUAUGAUUGAUGAUUCAAAUUCUAAUAUGAAUAAUGAUUCUAAUAUAGUUCUAAUGAUCUAAUAAUGGUUCUUUAUUGGAGUGUAUUAGGAUGGGCAAUUAAUGAAUCACUCAGAGGAUUAUGACUGGCAAAAUGGUUUGAGCAAAUGGCUACCUAAUAUCCCUCUAUUACAGCACUUACGGUAAUUGGUAUUGUUUUUAUGAAUUCCAUAUAUAAACGCUGUUGGAUCCAACAGUCAGUGAAUCUCGAAAUAAAGAUCCAGUAUCUUAAUUCCAGGACAAGGUUUAGUAUGUAUAGUGAGAACUGUGAGAACAAUUAGAACUACUGAUUUUCGAAAACAAAAUGCAGAUAUGGAUGAAAUACAUCAGAUUAAGCAAUACUGUGGUAAUUGUAUAUUAUACCUAAGGUCAUUUUUCUCUCUAUUUCUGCAAUGUCCCGACUAGAGCAGGGAUAGACAAUAUCUAAAGCUGACAUUGUCCUAGAUUAGUAUAUUACUUGAUUUUGUUGAAUGUUAGAAUGUUACAUUUCAAUGCUGACAUUAGAUCAAGAACAUUUAAUAUCUUUACAUAGGACAACUUUUUAAUACAGGUAGCAACAGUUUAAGCAUUUGUCCUUUUCCACGUGAAAACACAGAAUGUAUUGAUUUGUGAAACAAAGCCUGUGAAGUGUCUGUGCCGUAUAAAAUAGUCACUGACCAUUUGUUUUAGCUCCUGACUGCAAUAACGCACUGGUGUUCUGGUGUCUUAGCUGUUCUCCUCUUCUGGUUUUAGACGGCUCUGGUUCUCAGACAGUAUAAACAAAGAGCUUCAGUGUGCUAGCCCAGUGCGUACAGACAUAUUUCACCAGUAGAACAUGAUUAUGCAUUACUUUAUUGCUGUACAAGUAUGUCAUCGACCAACAUUAGAAACAAGAAAACAAAGUCUAGGCUAAUUUAUUUUCAUACAGAAGAUUGAUGAUGAAUGUUCUGAUAUAUGAGAAAAACGAGCACACUGCUGUAAAUGCAGCACAGUACAGUACAAUGAUAUUUUCCACAGAAGUAACUGACAGUACAAUGAUAUUUGUGAUACAGAAGUAACUGACAGUGGCCUUACAUUGCAGUCUAGACCACAAUAGACCUGUCAACCUCUUGCUUACUAGUACAAUACUUCAGUCCUGGGUGUGAGGAUGUUGCUGCAGGUUAAAUUGCUCCAGUAUCAUGUGUUUUUACUACUAGGAACAGUAGAAUGUGUUGGUCUGAGUGGAGUUGUAACUAUUAUAACUUUGUACUGUCACGAACAGGGAACAAAUAAAGAUCUAUCUUUCGCAGUGACUGUGUAGGAUGCCUCUGGGACUCAUUGAGAUC